GGAGUUGAGAUUGUAAAACGAGGGCAGUCAAGCCUUUUCUGUAAAACAGAAAAGCGCAUUAUUGAUGAAUCUAUGAAGGUGAAUAAUACACGUACCCUACAGCAAAUUAUAGAGGAUGUGCUCAAGGAAACU